ACCAGCCAAGGUAGAGGUGCAGAAAAAAAAAUGAAACAUCUGCAGUCAAAGAGUCAGGAAAUGUAAAAAGAAAAAACGUGUUAUGUAAAUCAGCUGUAUUUGCAAACUAAGAGUCUCUUUGUAUUUGGUUAUUUGAAACUUUGUUUGAAAAAAUUCAUGGAACUAUGUAAAUCUCUACAGUAUGUUCCUGCUGUGUGUGUUUUAAUAUAAAAUCCUCCCAGACCUUCACUGUGUUCAGACACAAACAUCAGCCGUGGUGUUUCCAUCCCAGAGUUUCCCUCUAAAGUCCAGAAAAGCAUCAUGAUGGAGAAGAUCCUGCUGCUUGUCUUGGUUUUCUCAGAAGUCUUCAUCCUCUCCUCCUGCCUCCUCAUCCGUCAGUACCACAUUGUUAAUCAACCUUUGGACUGGACUGAAGCUCAGACCUACUGCAGAGAGAAAUACACAGAUCUGGCCACCGUUGAAAACUCUGAUGAAAUGAACCAACUCAUAAACACCAUUUCAUCUGCUGGUUACAAAGAUAACUUAUGGAUCGGUCUGUACAAUGAAAUCAACUAUAGAUGGUCUGAUGGGUUCAUUGGAAGCUACACAGGCAACACCUACAGCUACGGGACUUCACAAGAUUCAUUUCAUUAUCGUAGUCAUCAGAUCUGUAUGCGUGUAUACUGGAAUAACCAGAAUCGCUUUUUGUACGACUCAAGCUGCAGUUCAUUAUAUCCUUUUGUGUGCAACAAUGGAACCCAUCAGAAUCCUCAAUAUGUUUUUGUGAAUGAAAGUGUGAACUGGUCCAGCGCUCAGAGAUCCUGCAGACAGAACUUCACAGACCUGGCCACAGUGAAGACCAGCACAGACUGGACAGCGAUUUCCAGUGUGAUGCCUGUUAAUCAGGACCUUUGGAUCGGUGUUUACAGAGAUUCAAAUAUUUCCUGGUCUGAUGGGAGCCUUUUGUCUUUCUACCCAGCUUCAUUAAAUUUUUAUAUUCAGCCUGGCGUAAUCAGUGCCAGAUGUGGUUUUCAAAAUGGGCUAAACAGAAUUUACUGGUAUUUUUAUCCUUGUGAAACCAAAUACCCAUUUAUCUGCCAUGGUCCUAAAGUAAUCAAAUACAAGCGUGUGGUGAAGCUGAGACUGAAGACGGAAAACUCUGCAGAUCUGAACGAUGCUGCUGUUAAAGCAAAGUUGCUGGAAGAGCUUCAGAAGAAACUGGAGGAGAACGGAGUGAAUGGAGUGAAGGUGAAGUGGAAACAGCAGACUGAUGGAAAAGUCUUCAACAAGGAGGAGAAAAAGAAGACUGAGCUCUGAAAAAUAAACCAUUUAUUAAAAUAAACACUUCACUUUUCCUAAAACUAAUACAAUAUUUGUGAAUUUGAUGAUAUUUUUGAAAAAGUUAAAGAAUUUCUUCAUUAAGUUUUGAGUCAAAAGUUUCAUGUUCUUUUGCAGGUUUAAACAAUUUUAACUUAAAAUAAUGUAAUAAUAAUAAAUUGGAUUUAUCUGCGCUUUUCCGGACGCGCAAAGUGCUUACAGUGUGUUCAU